GUUUGUAUCUUUUACAUAUCCACUUUUUUUCUCUCUCUUCCCAACCAAAUUUUCUUGUCUCUUCAAGACACUUCUUAAGGUAAGGUCCUCAAAUUACAUUAUAAAUACAAUAGUGUACAAUUUUUAGGUGGAAUUGAGCAUGGAAAAUGAUCAAGUUACAAGCAAGGAAAUGAAAGUUGAGAUUCCAUCAAAGAGUGAAAGUUCUAAUGUGGGACAAGGUGGACUUAUGAGACAACCUAGUAUGACCAAAACUAAUUGUCUAUGUUCACCAACAACACAUCCUGGUUCAUUUCGAUGUAGGCUUCAUCGUAGUCCUAGUCUUCAAAGGACCAAAAGUAUGGAACCAGGAUCAUCAGUUUCUGAUCAGGGAUCUACAUUAGGUCAUGAUUCUAUUGUUGGUGUUGACAAGAAUCGGGUGGAUUAAUCUUCUAUUGAAUUUUAUGUUCAAUUGUAUUAAGAUGCUAUGGUUAUGUUUGUUCUGUAUAAUUGUAUAUUUGUUCCGAAAUCCAUAUGUCGAUCUCUCUUCAUUUUGAAUAAGAGUCCUUUCAUUGAUUCUAAA